AUGGCGCUGCUCUACAUCUUGUUGACCAUCUCGGCUCUGAUUUUCCUCUACUUCAAGGCGAAUCCAUUCAAGAAGAAGCGAACGAAGCAACUCAGCACAACGCAGGCCGAUGCCUCGCAGGUUCCAGAGGCGACGCGCCAGGCCGUCUGGGAUCUGUUCAAGCGCAGCUUCGUCAACGAGUUCAAGGGGUUCAAAGAUUUCGACGAUUACCUUCUCACUCGCUCUCUGCUGCUCUUCCAUGACACCACCCGAGAGAAACAGCUGCAAGGAUUCAUCAUCUUCCACAUCGUCGAUCGCGUAGUGGACGGUCGCGAGCUGACCGUUGUCGUGGGCGACUUCUUCACCGUGACGGCCGACUACCGACGCCAAAGCACGCCCAUCUACGCGCUACUCAGGUUGUGCAUCGCCACCAAGCUCAAAAAUCCGAGCCGAGAGAUGUACUACUUCUUCAUCACCUACUCGUUCAAGUCGUACCUCAGCUUCAGUCGAUCGAUGGGCGAGUUCUACCCGUGUCGCGUGCGGCCUACGCCCCCCUUCGAGCAGCGCGUGCUCGAUCUGUUGGGCACCGAGAGCGCGGGCGACUGGGGCACCUACAACCCGCGUACGUGCGUCAUCGAGAGCCUGGCCGUCAAGCAGGGCAGCAGCACCGGCGGCGUCGAGGAGGGCCACCUGUCAGAUCUUGCGCGCUCGAGGCCUCGAGAUCUGAGCACGACGUGGAUGUGGUUCGCCCAGCAGAACCCCAACUUCGCCAAGGGCGACUGCCUGUGCGUGCUCUGCAGCAUCGACCUCAAGAACAUGCUGCACGGCGCCAAGAACUCCCUGUUCCGCGCCCUCGGCCUCGGCUCCAAGCGCAUGACCCAGCCCAACAAGCCGCUUUCGUUUGGCAUGGCCGAGACAAGAGCCGACGAAGUGCAGAGGAAGGAGCCCGAAUCGUUCAUGAUCUCGGUCAAGGACGAGGAGCUGGACGACCUGACGGAAAGGCUCGAGAAAGCACGUUGGCCCGACCAGUUGGAGCUGGCUCCCGACGCCAAGUGGUCCUACGGCACAGACGUUGACUAUAUGAAGCAACUUACCAAGUACUGGGCCAACGACUACCUCGACAACUGGAAGAUGCACGAGAAGCGACUGAAUCAAUUCCCUCACUACAAGAUCGAGCUGGAGGAUCGCCAGGUGCACUUCAUCCACGUCAAAUCCACCAAAGAGGACGCCAUCCCCAUAAUCUUGCUGCACGGAUGGCCGGGUUCCUUCUACGAGUUCCACAAGAUCAUCGGACCGCUCACACGUCCGGAGAAGCACGGCGGCAAGUCCGACUACGCCUUCCACGUUGUCGUCCCCUCGCUGCCGGGCUACGGGUGGUCGGAAGCGCCGCUGACUCCGGGCUACGAUGUGCAAAAGGUGGCCAAUCUGAUGGUGAGCCUGAUGGAGACCCUCGGCUACAAGCAGUACGUGGCCCAAGGCGGCGACUGGGGCCACCUCGUGGCGGCGCACAUGGCCAUCAUAGACGCCCAGCGGUGCCUCGCCAUUCAUCUCAACAUGGUGGCUGUCGAGCCUCGAAGUCCCAUCGUCAAGGCCAAGGUCGCGUUUGACGUGAUCUUCCAAAGGUGGCGAUUGACGGCAAAGGAGAGGGAGUGGUUGAGCGGUGUUGAUAAGUUCCUGGAGGAGGAGACCGGCUACAUUGACAUCCAAGCCACCAAGCCACAGACGAUCGGCUACGCCCUGCACGACUCGCCAACUGGUCUGGCGGCAUGGAUCAUCGAGAAGUUCAGGUCGUGGAGCGACUGCAACGGCGAUGUUGCGACUCGAUUUAGCAAGGACGACCUCCUGACCAAUGUGAUGAUCUACUGGCUCACCGGCACAGUCACUUCGGCAGCGCGCCUCUACUACGAAUCAAAGAAAAGCGGCAAUUUUGCGUCGCCGCCCAUUCAAGUGCCGGUGCCAGCGGCGAUCGCGGUGUACCCGAAGGAGAUUCUGCGGCCGCCACGACGGUGGGUGGAGUACUUCUACACGGUGAAGCGGUGGACGGAGAUGCCCGCCGGCGGCCACUUCCCGGCCCUCGAGGAGCCCGACAGCCUCGUCGCCGACAUCCGCGCCUUUUUCUGCGACGACCUUCGCCUUCACGAUGUCUUCACCGCCUCUUGA